AUGGCUGGCCCAGAAGAUAGGAGGCGACCUGCCGCACUCAACCUCGCCUCAGCACGACCUGGUACCUCGGACUCCUCAUCCUCAGACGGCUCUCUGAAGCCCCGAACUCCACGAUUUGCUGAGGCUACUUCGGUUCACUCACCCGUCGAGGCUCGGUCCCCCUUUGCCGACCCCGAGAAGUCGCACGUUGCUCAGCCUCAACCCGCAGACGUUGGUUUUGGCUACAUCGGCCAGCGAGAAUCCAUUCCCGUCCCAAUGACUCCCAAGACGCCACUCAAGAGUGCCAUGAAGGUGCCAGGGACGCCUGCUCAUCUCAAGAAUCCCUUGAGCCCAACAUUUCGGGAGGAAGAUAUCCUGGAGAAGCGCGAGGCGUCAACUGACAAGGAGCAAGCGCGCGAUGUGAAAAUCAAGGCCCGAGUCCGCUUGGCCAAGUUCGCUCUCCGUGGUGUUAACUUUAGCUGCUCUCUUAUUAUCCUUGCCAUGCUUUCUGCUUCAUUUACAAUCUUUAACGCUACCAAAGCCUUGCCCGAUCAAAGCAAGAUGCCUUCAUGGGCCAAGAACACCAGCGCCUGGCCCCAGAAACUUGUUCUUGCCAUGGCAUGCGUGUCUCUUGUCGCUUGCAUUGUUGUUUUUAUAUCCUACUGUCGAGGUGGUCAUCGACGUGCCGAGAAAGUCGGGACCUACUAUACCAUGUUCGCCAUUGGCUGGUUCAUUCUUGCCUUGAUUCUAUGGGUUGUCACAGCUGUUAUUUUCCAGAACUCAAGGAACAACAGUGGAAACCAGGAUAUGUGGGGUUGGUCUUGUGUUAACAACCAUCGAUCUGAAGUCUUCGGUGAGAAAGUCGACUAUGCUCUUGUUUGCCGUCUUCAGAACUGGGCCAUGAUCUGCAUCAUCAUCGAGGUGGUCAUCGAGGUUCUCUGCAUUCUCCUCUACAGCGUUGUCUUCUAUCGUUACUACACAAAGCGACGCCUUUUCAAGUCUAUGGACAUGCGAGACCGUGCUCGAUCCGACCUCUACCUCGCCCAGCUCCGCAGCCAGUCUGCUCCAAACACUCCCGGCUUCGGCCCCAAGUCCCCCGCUCUCAGCGCCUAUGCCAUGUCUCCCCGUCACCCUCCCGCUGCUUAUCGAAACCUGUCCGACAUCAGCGAGAACCCCACCACCUUCACGCCUGGUACCCAAUUCGCGGAGCCCAAGUCUCAAUUUGCUGCCCAGGAGGCUGGUUUCAAGCUCCAGGCUCCUCCUAUGAAGGCCCCUUCUGCUACUCCCAAGCUAAAUCAAUCUGCCUUUACACCCACUGAGGCCUCACCUCCUGCCAUCCCCACUGUCCAAGUCUCGCAACACGGGCCUGUGAACACUGAUGAGCCCACUUAUGAGGCUGUCCCUAUCCCUGGUGCCUAUGCUGGCCAGGCUGUCAGGAGUCCACCUCCUACGCAGACUCAUUUUGGUCAGGGCUACUAG